CGGCCGGUGGAGGCAGUGGAGUCCCCCGUGGAAUCCAUGUCGCCGACCGGAUGACAACACCGAAAACAAGCAAACAACGAUAGAACCAAUCGAUCAUCGGCUGUUUUCUUCGUUGAGCUCUCCAUCAGUCGUCACUGAAGAGUCAAAAGUGAUCGGGGAUGUGGUUAUUCGGGUGGAAGGGGCCGUCCGGGUUCUCCGCUCGCUCGACCGCCGAGGAAGUUACCCAUGGAAUCGAUGCCUCUGGUCUCACCGCCAUCGUCACAGGUGCAUCAAGCGGUAUUGGGGUGGAGACAACACGGGUUCUCGCGCUACGUGGCGCCCACGUUGUCAUGGCUGUGAGGAAUAUGGAAACUGGUCGGGAAGUCAAGGAGGCUAUUUUGAAGGAACUUCCAUCAGCUAAACUUGAUACUAUGCAGUUGGAUCUCAGCUCAAUGGCAUCUGUUAGGAAAUUUGCGUCGGAUUAUGUCUCCUCGGGCCUUGCCCUGAAUCUGCUCAUAAAUAAUGCAGGGGUAAUGGCAACUCCAUUCAUGCUUUCUCAAGACAACAUCGAACUACAGUUUGCAACCAACCAUUUGGGUCAUUUUCUUCUAACGAAUCUUCUGCUGGAGACAAUGAGGAAGACAUCAGUAGAAAGCAACAGAGAAGGGAGGAUUGUUAAUUUGUCAUCAGAGGCUCACCGUUUUACAUAUCGUGAAGGCAUCCGUUUUGAUAAGAUCAACAGUGAACCAGAAUACAACAGCAUACAAGCCUAUGGGCAAUCAAAGCUUGCAAACAUACUGCACGCUAAAGAGCUAGCAAAGCAACUUAAGGAGGAAGGUGGCCACGUAACUGCCAAUUCACUUCAUCCUGGAUCUAUAGCAACCAAUCUUCUACGUUACCACAGUUUUAUCAAUGCUCUUGCUAGCUCUAUCGGUAAAUAUGUGCUGAAAAACGUCCCACAGGGAGCAGCAACCACAUGCUAUGUGGCUCUACAUCCGCAAGUUGCAGGGGUAAGUGGCGAGUACUUUUCGGACAGUAAUAUAGCAAAACCGAGUGCUCUUGCACAGGAUUCUGAUUUGGCAAAGAAGUUGUGGGAUUUCAGCAUAAACUUGACCGAGCUCAAGUAGAUUGGACUUUUUGCAGUUGUGUUUCGCAGUCUUGCUCUAUCUAGAGAUUGUGAGGUUACAGAGAAGUGGCAAGAAAUUAGAAACACGGUAAAGUGUCAAGCUUGUACUGACUGUGGCUUGUAUGGUAAAAGAUUUUCGUUGCAGCUGUGGGGAGUUGUGAGAAAUGGAAAGGAAUGUUGGAGGAAAAAAUUGCUAGUCAUGAUCUCGGCUAAGGGUUUGGUUAAUUUGUAGCGCGUGCUUGCACUGGACAACCCUGAUUGACACAAAAAAUGAUCUAUCUAUCUAUCUAUCUAUCUAUCUAUUUUUUU